UCCCGCUCCCCGCGGAGGCGGGCAGGGGGAGGGAGGAGCGGAGAGAGAAAGGGAGGCGAGGUGGACGUCGCGCUCCCUACUAGGGCUCGCACCGCAGCCUCCGCCCGCCGUGGCCGCCGGGCGCCCCGGUCCCGGGUUCCCCUCCUCGGCAACACCAUCGCGCUGGAGGCGGCACCGGGUCUGGCCGGGGCUGCCCCAAGUUCCAGCGCCGCUCCCCUCCUCUGUGGGCUGAACUAAGAGUGCAGCGGGUCCCGCCGACCCCGCCCGCGGGGACCCGCGGGUGGCCGAGUCCGAGCGCAGCUGCGAGGGUGAGAGGAGCGGGGCGGCUCUGUCUGCCGGCGCUAACAGCGUGCCUCUCUCUGUCCGGGGGUGGCCGCGACUCCCGGUAGCAGGAGCUCCGGCGGGCAAGGGCGGCACGGGAGAUCUCCGAGCCGCCGGUGUCUCCGGGACGAGCGGCGGGGCCGGCGGCGUUUGACAGGAGCCCGAGCAGGACACGCCUCCCCUCGCCGGGGCGGCCCCGCUGCCUCCCCCGCGGCGGCGGUGGCGGUGGCGGUGGCUCCCCGUCCUCCCGGCGGGGGCUGCGCCCGAUCGUCCCUGCCCGCUGACGGCCGAGGCUGGCGAGGAAACUGUUGUGCUGAAAGGAAGAAUUAACUGGUCUUUCAACUUCAGCCUUUUUAUUGUGAGAGGGGAGAUCACAGAAGUGUUACCAUGGGGAGAACAGCAGCGAAAGAUUCAAAGAAUAUUAGAAAAGAGAAAGAUGGAAAGAAUCAGCAGGCAAACAACCCAUCUUUAAAAAGUGAACAGUUUAAUUGGGAUGAUUAUCUGAAAGAGACUGAAUCAGUAGCUGCCCCUCUGCAUUGUUUCAGACAGUCUAGAAUUCCGCCUACGAAUGAUUUCAAAGUUGGCAUGAAGCUGGAAGCCCACGAUCCUCGCAACGUUACCUCAGUUUGUAUUGCUACAGUCAUUGGAAUCACUGGUGCCAGGCUACGGCUGCGGCUCGAUGGGAGUGACAACAAAAAUGAUUUCUGGAGGCUUGUGGAUUCCUCAGACAUACAGCCCAUUGGGACCUGUGAAAAGAAAGGGGGCAUGCUCCAGCCUCCACUUGGGUUCCAGAUGAAUGCAUCCUCUUGGCCAAUGUUUCUCUUAAGAACUCUCAAUGGAGCUGAAAUGGCACCUGCAGCAUUCUUUAAAAAGGAGCCACCAAAACCUGUGCCAAACUGCUUUAAAGUUGGAAUGAAACUUGAAGCUAUAGAUAGGAAGAACCCAUACCUGAUUUGCCCAGCAACCAUUGGAGAUGUUAAAGGAGAUGAAGUUUUUGUUACAUUUGAUGGUUGGAGAGGAGCAUUUGACUAUUGGUGCAGGUGUGAUUCUCGAGAUAUUUUCCCAGUCGGAUGGUGUAGCUUGACAGGAGAUGCAUUACAGCCACCAGGAAACAAUGUUUCCAUUACAAAGAGCAGUGCAAAAAUCCAAUCUUCCCCUUCCAAAGUGACCCGGCGUUCAAUGCAGUCUCCACAGAAAUCUGCUCCAGUUCCAGCGCAGCGGAGCAGGAAACCAGGUCGGGGCAAACCCCCUGGACAGUCUGCAGUUCCCAAGAAGGGCAGGUCUCCUAAAAAUAUUCCCCUGACAAAAAGCACCUCUCAUACUGAAAAUCUUAAAACAAGGAAAAAAAGUUUAAAACCUGGAAAAAAGAAAAAAAUCUUGCCCGAACAACUGGCUCCUACAUCUCUUUCUCCUCAGUCAUCUCCUGAGGGGGAAAAUGGCACUGCACAGAUACUUAAAGAUGGAAUCAGUUUGUCUGGUGCAACUGCAGCAGUUAUAUCCACAGUGUGUGUUUAUGUGAACAAAUGUGGAAAUUCUGGGCCUCACCUGGAUAAGAAGAAGGUUCAGCAGCUUCCAGACCAUUUUGGACCAGGUCCUGUAAAUGUGGUACUUCAGCAGGCUGUUCAGGCUUGUGUGGAUUGUGCCUAUCAAGCCAAAACAGUCUUUGGAUUUCUGAAAUCUGGCCAUCAUGGAGGGGAAAUGAUAACUGCUUCCUUUGAUGGGGAAAAGCAUGCCAUCAAUCUUCCUUCUGUAAACAGUGCAUCGUUUGUCCUACGCUUCUUGGAGAAGCUCUGCCACAGUCUGCAAUGUGAUAAUCUCUUCAGUAGCCAGCCCUUCAGCCCUUACAUGGGAUGUGCCCACAGUCCUAUGGAGUACGAUAGGAAUAAGCCAGCCAAAGAAGAAAUACCUGAGAACAGGAGUGCUAAACGCUACCCUCAGGACUCUCCACCAUACACUGCUCCUCUUUCCCCUAAGCUUCCCAGAAAUGAUGCUCAUCCAUCUGAAGCAGAAACACUGCCUAUAGAGGAAAACAGCACUUCCAAAGAACACCGAUUUUCUGAGGAUUCUAUGGAUUCUGCACUUAAUUCUGUAAAUCCAUCAAACCCAGCCUGUCGGAAUUCCACGGAGUACCGCCCUUCAGGAAAUGCUGCAUAUUACAGAAACUCCCAUCAGCCAGCAACUGCUACCUCAAAUUCAGCCCCAGUCCUGCGCAGGCUGUCCCUGAGCUCGGCUGGGAGCAGUGGUUACUAUGAAGUCAGCAGGAAUAGGAUACAGCGGCGGAUUGAAGCUGCAAGUUCCACAACUGGACCGGAUUUGAAUUCACUAAAAAGGGAACCUUCAAGAAUAUUGAAUAAGGAUCCAUCUACUUGGUCAAUAGAGGAAGUAGUGCGUUUUGUGAAAGAAGCUGAUCCACGGGCACUGGCUCCACAUGCAGAACUCUUCAGGAGACAUGAAAUUGAUGGGAAAGCACUACUCUUACUGAGGAGUGAUAUGAUAAUGAAAUAUAUGGGACUGAAGCUGGGGCCUGCCCUAAAGUUGUGCUACCACAUUGAACGACUUAAACAAGGAAAGUUCUAGCCAGUGGGGAUCCCACAAACGUGAGUUGGAGUCACACCAAGCUCUCAGGUCCACAGCCAUCGCCUUCAUUUGAAAUGCUUUUGCUGAUAGAAACCUUUAUUUUUUGGAAGUGGCCUCGAAUUGUAAAAGAGACAUUCAGGAUAAAAGGGGGGGAGGGAUUUGUAUUACAUUCUAGUAUUUUUGCAAACUCUUUCACAGAAAGUUGGCAGGGAGGGACAAUUGAUCAUACCGGGUGUGGGCAGAUCUGGUAACAAUGCUCUCCGAAUCCUGAAAAGUGUGUUCUGUGUUACAGGCUUCAGCCAAUGUGUUCAUAUCCAGAACCAAAACAGCUGAAUCCCAAAGGGAGAUAAUAAAUUAAACCAGCAUCAGGUGUUAAUAUUUUUUACAGGGGUGGCUGUAAACUUUUAUAUUGCAAGAAAAUCUUAAAAUAGAAGAUUUCAUCUCUGUAGUGAAUAUUCUGGUCUUUCAGAAGAGAGGAAGGGUAAUGGAAGAGAGGGCUUAAUACAAGUAUAAGCUUUUAUAAAGUGUGAUUAUCAGUCCUUUGGGAAGUUAUGAGGACAAAUGUAUCAUAUAUUGUCAGUUUAGGCAGGCAGUAAAUAUUUCUGUUUCAUGGAAGGUCAUAUUGGCUGUAUAAACAGCCAUUUCUGAGACAGACUGAUUUCACUGGAACAAUGCAUCCACAUAUUAAACAUUCCAUCUUUUUGCUAAGUUUGGCAUGAAUGUGUUCAUGCUUUUUAUAUGUACACGUGUAUGUGUCAGGGAAAUACAUACUAUAUAAAAAUAUACAUACACACUGUACAUAUAUUUUCAGUUUUUUAAUGUGUACUUUGCACUGUGCCAGAGAGAACUGUACAAUUUCUUGGGGUUUUUUACCAGUAAAUUUAGUUGUGUAUUACUUUCAUUAGCACCUGUUUAAUUUGUUCUUGGAGUCAGAAGGUGACAAACAAUCAAAAGGUGUUUUCAUUCAUACAGGCAAGAUCCCUGAACUAUGCAAUACUCCUGGUUAUUCAUCCCUUAACUCUGAGCCAUAUAUUCUGAUAUAUAUUUGGAAAGACACAUUUGGUUCCAAUGUUUUGGGUUUAUAUUUCCUGUGAGGAAGUGCUACUAUGUAACUGAUUAACCUUUUUUGGGUAAAAUUGGUGCUGUUUGUAUAAGCUGCAAGAAUGAGUGGUGAUAAUAAAACACUUUGUUGUCACUGCCAGUUGUAAAAUACAUCAGGGACAAGAAAAUAUACUUUCUGUUUAGGAAACUGAAUGUACUGUAUGUAAUAGUCAAGUGAUAAAACUGUUUGUUAGGGAAGGUGUAGUCCUAAAAUGGUAGGAUUUAUUAUAUUUCUUAAUGCCUUUUUAUAUGAAAGCAUAUAGUAUAAAUGUAUUUUUUACAAAUUCCUUUUUUGAAGAUGACUUUCUUUACCCAUAGACUGAUACUCAUCAGAUUUCAGCAGAGGUACUGCUAGAAAACAGUGAAUUUUGUGACUCACAAGUCCAAGUAUUUUGUUAUUUUAAGUGACUGCAAUGCAAUUUCAAUUCAGAAAGUCAUUUGGGUCCUGAGAAUUGUUUUUGUUAUUACAUCAUUAGACAUUUGACACUAAAGUUUAUCUGUAUCGAUUUGUUUUGCAUAUCUUUUGUGGUGCAUGUAUGCUUAGAUGAUACAAUACAGGCGUGCUCUUAAUAGUAAGAAAACGUCAGAGCAUUGAUUGAAGAAACAGUGUUUUCUCUUGGUGUUAGAAAAAUUCUGGCUUCACUUUCAUAUGGUUACACCAAGAAUUAUAUAUUAAUGAAAACAUCAUGCCCCACGUGUUCAGUAUAUUGUUUAUACAUAUAUAUAAUUGUAUGCUACUACUUCUGUGCUUUAUUAUGCUGAAUUUGGCUUCUUCAGCAUAAAAAGAUCCCGUACAAUUUAAGUGGAAGUAAUUGACUGAAAACAGUUUUCAUUUUUUACAUUGCCUUUGGCAUAAGAAGAACAAAGAUGUUUGAAUUUUCUGUUUGGUUUUUUGUAUAUGGCACUAUUAUGGGUAUAAAUAUUUGUUCAAGGCUUUCUGUGUACCCAUGUGCACAAAGAUAACUGUGAUGUUGCUGUACCAGAAUUUCUCCGUGUGCUGUUGCGUGAGUUUCAAGCAUUCAGAGAAUAUAUUUUUUAUUCUUAAUUUUCAGUGGGAUGUUCUUAUCUAGCAAGAAAAAUAAAAUAGUUUGU